AUGAGUUUCCCGACGGAUGCUAAUAUCAGUCUUUCAUGGAACAGCAUAGAAUACUUAAGUGAAGAGUCAUUCUGGCCCAUAGUCGAGGUCCUGUCGUUGGGGGGAGGGACUAUCGAUUUGGAGCAUAACCCCGUCGUGUGCGACUGCAGCAUGGCCUGGCUUGUUUAUAAUCCAGGCUUCUUGGAGAGCGUGUUGGGUAGUUGCCCCGAUGGGACGCCCUUCUCAGACCUGGUUCCAGAGGACUUCCAAGACUGCGGCACCUUCGAUUAAUGAGUAACGAACUGGCUCUCCUAGGUCGCUUCUCAUUGUUACAGAUUUCCGCUCCAAAAUGCGACACUAGAAUGAGCCCAGUUUCUGAAUAAACAAUA